UCAAACGUUGAACUUAAUUUGUGAUAAAAGAAAUUCGAACAUGACUAUAUAUAUAAUUCAUCACUCGAUCUAGAUCGAACGCAAAAGAAGAAAUCAAUGAUGGCUUUCAAGAGGAAUUCGAAAAUGAUGAUCUGCACAUUCGUGUACUUGACCCUCACAUUACUGUCUUCUUCUGCAAAACCAUCCUCAGCUGCCAAAAUAUUCAAGAGGAUUUAUGCAUUCGGUGACUCUUUCACGGACACCGGAAACACCCACUCCGCCACCGGCCCCAGCUCCUUCACUUACGUAUCCAACCCGCCCUACGGCCGAACCUUCUUCCACCGCCCCACCAACCGAUACUCCGACGGCCGCCUCGUCAUCGACUUCCUCACCCAAGCUCUCUCCCUCCCCUUCUUGCCGCCCUACCUCAACCCCAACGCCGACAGAUCUUACGGUGUCAACUUCGCCGUCGGUGGCUCCACUGCCAUAGACCACAGGUUCUUCGUGGAGAACAACCUGAGCCUAGACAUUACCCCUCAAUCACUGAAAACGCAGCUGACAUGGUUCAAUAGCUACUUGGAAAGUGUGGGGUGCAGAGACUACAAAUCAACACCAAAGCAGUGUGGGGCGGUUUUUGAAGACGCCCUUUUUUGGGUUGGUGAGAUUGGGGCCAACGAUUAUGCAUACACCCUCGGAUCAAACGUUCCUGCCACAACUAUUCAGCGCCUUGCUGUCUCGACUCUUACUACCUUCAUACAGGCAAUGCUGAAGAAGGGCGCAAAGAAUAUGGUGGUACAAGGGCUGCCUACCACGGGCUGCUUAACACUAGCCCUCUACUUGGCCCCGCCAGACGACAGAGACGCCAUGGGGUGCGUAGCCUCCUCCAACAACCAAAGCUACGCCCACAACGCCAUUCUCCAAUCCAAUCUCGACAUCCUCCGCCGACGCUUCCCCCAGGCCACCAUUGUGUACGCCGACUACUGGAAUGCCUACAAGUCCAUCCUCACCAAUGCCAAACGCUACGGCAUCACACAGCCCUACCGAGCCUGUUGCGGUUCUGGGGACGCCGCCUUGAACUUCGACGUUUUCGCCACUUGCGGCUCUCCCACUGCCGGAACAUCUUGCCCGGACCCCUCUCAGUACAUUAAUUGGGACGGCGUUCAUCUCACCGAAGCAAUGUACAAUGCUGUUGCAGAUCAGCUUAUCAAUGGCACCUUUUCUCAUCCUCCCUUUCGUUCCUUGCUGCGGGCCGCGCCGCUCAGCAAUUCCACAAGUUAAGCUAGCUAUUUAAUGGCACCUUCUCCCAUCUAUCUUAUUCCCUAGCUAAACCCCAACUUUUGGAGUUUUGUUUGUCUUGUAACUUUGCUUACUUUCAAAUUUUAUCAUGUACGGAGUAACUAAUAACUUUAUACUCCCUCCGUUCUUUAUUAUUAGUCCUUCUUUCCUUUUUGGGACGUUUUUUUUUAUCUGUCCUCCUUUCCAUUUAAGGAAAGUUUUUACUUUAAAUAUACCUUUAUGCCCCCACUUUUAUUACCAUUACCUCUUUCUCUUUCCUACUUUUUCAUUUACCCACUACUCAUUACACCUUUUACACUACCCUACUACUUUACUCUUAAAACCCGUGCCAAAGCCUAAGGGGACUGAUAUUAAAGAACGGAGGGAGUACUUUGGUGUCGUCUUUUCCGAUUUGUUUUUCCAUUUUCUGGAGUUUCCAAUGAAAAAGAUGUUAAACUGAAUACAUUUAUUAGUUAUGAGAUCAUAUUUCAGGCUUGUAAAAUUAUAAGACUAAUAACGGACGCCACACAAAGUUAUGAGAUUAAAAUUAUAAGACUAAUACGUAC